AUGGUCAGUUUUCUGGCGCUGUUGCUGUUGGCGGCACUGGACCUGGUCGCCGCUGGCCGUAAGCUGGAGUGCAGCGAGCACCGGGAGCUGGAGUGCGAAAUCUCCAACUUCACGAUCGUCGAGCAGAUGGAUCUUUCCGAGUACGAAUUCCCGGACCAUCCGCACCUGGCCAUCGGGACGUAUCCGCUGUCGGACGACUCGACGUACGUGGUGACGAUCACGAAAGAGCUGGCCGACCUGCUGCAGGCGACCGAAAAGCUGGAGAUCCAGAACGUCUCGCUGCAGACGAUGGUGCUGUGGAGCAAUCUGCGUACGCUCGAUGCGUCCCACAACAGCUUCUACGAUCUGGUGGUCGAACCGGGCCACCACUAUCAGCUGCGCGAGCUGAACCUCAGCUUCAAUCGCUUCCAGUCGAUCGACUUCAUCCAGGCGCUGCCGGCCCUGCGGACGCUCGAUCUGCGCCACAACUACCUGGAGACGGUCGAUAUGUCGCUGUUCCACAUGGCCACCGAUCUGUGGAAGCUGAACUUGGGCAGCAAUCGCAUCCAAACGCUGACGACCGAUGGAUCGCUUCAUCUGCCGCGCCUCUCGACGUUGCUGCUGAACGAUAAUCUGCUGGCCGUGCUGGACGGAAGCGAGUGGCGCUUCAGCAUGCUGCAGGAGCUGAACCUGGCCCGGAACCGGCUGCGAUAUCUGAGCAUGUGCGAGGUGAACCACUCGUUCCCGCACCUCCAGACGCUCUACCUGGACGAGAACCGCUGGGAGUGUGGCCACCUGAACUCCACCGUUCGCCAGCUCCAACAGCUGGCCAUCAAACCGAUGGCGUACUACGACGUGGACGACGAAGAGCGCUGCGGUAGCACCGUGGAGGGCAUCUGCUGCUACUAGGCCCGAAGGCCGGCCGAUCGCACUUUCAAUUUGUGUACCAACCCCACCCGUAACCUACUGGGUGUUGUGGGCCUAUCAAUAAAAGGGAACGAACGUUGGCUUGGCUUUGUUGGCUGGCUGUAA